GUGAAGGCCAACUCCCUGCUUUCCGUGGCCACACGGGGAAGCGUCGGGGCCUUCCACGUCGGCGUGGAGGUCUUCGGAGGAGAGUGGUCCUACGGACUCUACGGUGUCAGCGUGAGCCCUCCGCGGCAACAGACCCGGCACGUCUACAAGUGCAGCGUUCUCUUGGGCGAGACGGAGCUGAACGAGGUGCAGUUCGCAGCGGUGCUGAGGAGUGCCUUCCAGGAGUUCAUGGGCGAGCACUAUGACCUGGUAGGGCAUAAUUGCUGCAGCUUCGGCCGACACCUCGUCAAGGAGUUGGGAGUUGGCCCGAUGCCUCAUUGGGUCGACCGUUUGGCGCGUGGCCUCAAGAAAGCCAGGAGUUCCGUUGGCCGAGCGACCGGAAGGGUCUCUGAGCACGUGGGCAUGGUCAUGGCCACCGGGCACAAGGCCGUGACGGGAGCGGCUGCAGCCCUCCGCUUUGGAGGCUGGGAGGAUGCCUCCGAAGAGGAGGAGGAGGAUGAGUUGCCGGGGGAGAAAGCGGCGGGCCGCACAGGCUCUGCUGGACCGCCCGGUGGUUCUCC